AUGUCUAUGGAUCCAACGACAGAUCUUGAAUUAGGAAAAUACGUACAAGAAGAAGGAAAUGAUGAUGAUAUUGAUACUCCUUUGAAUCCUAAUGUGAAUCCACAACAAGUAAGCUCUUCCGAAGAUCAUCAACCAAUUUUAUUACCAAAAUUCAAAGCAACCAUCAUUGGUACGGAAACUCGAGAGGAAGAUCCAGAACAUCAAUCUCUCAUUCAUGAUAAUCGUUAUACGGUCUAUGAAAUUAAGGUUGUCAAUGAGAAUGAUGCAUCCAUUCAUUUUGUAUUUCGUCGUUUCUCGGAAUUUGCAAAUUUGAAAAACAAGUUAGCAGAAAAGUAUCCCGAGAGAGUGAAGGAAAUUGAAGCCAUGGAACACAUCUUUCCCAAAUCAACAUGGUUUUGGACUAAUAAAUUAUCAAAGGAAGUGGUCGAACAAAGACGAGAGAAAUUGGAUGAAUUACUCAAGUUUAUUUGUUCCGAUUCGGUUUUCAGUGGCGACGAAAGGUUUUAUGAAUUUUUGCAAUGCGACAUGAAAAUGCUGGAGAAGGCACUAGGAUUUUUCAGAAACAAACUCUAUCAUUAUCAACAAAGUAGAAAGGAUUUGAAAGAUAAGCAAGAAUAUGAACGUUCUCAAGAAAUGGUUAGACAAUUGACAAGAAAAAGAAGUGAGAGUUUGAGCAAGAUGAAGGGUACACAGAAUACCAAUUCAGCAAGCAUGGUUCAUAAUCAACAUCAUCAUUAG